AUGUCGAGCUCCUUCGAAAAGUCCGUCAAGGGCGCCACCAAGAUCAAGAAUGCGCCGCCCAAGACAAAGUACAUUGAGCACAUUCUCGUCGCCACGCACUCGGGCGAUGCCGGCGUCGGCGAGGUCUUUCGCGCCCUGCAGCACAGGCUGCGCGAUACCACGUGGACCGUCGUGCUCAAGAGCCUCAUCACCGUCCACCUCAUGAUCCGCGAGGGCUCCCCGGACGUGACGCUGGCCUUCCUGGCCAAGCACCGCAACAUGCUCUCGCUGGACCACCUCUCCGAUGCGCAAACGCAGGGCCGCAACAUCCGCCACUACGCCGCCUACCUCUCGGAGCGCGCCCGCUCGUAUCGCGACACCCGCACCGACUGGGUGCGCGCCUCCGAGUCGCGCCUCGAAAAGGUGACGGUCGAAAAGGGACUCUUGCGGGAGACGGAGAGCGUCCAGCGGCAGCUCGCCGCGCUCGUCAAGUGCAACGUGCUCGAGACGGAGCCCGAAAACGAAAUCACAAUCGCCGUGUUCCGGCUGCUGGUCAUGGACCUGCUGUCGCUGUUCCAGGUGCUCAACCAGGGGCUCAUCAACAUUCUGGGCCACUUCUUUGAAAUGUCGCAGACGGAUGCGGAGAGGGCUAUGGAAAUCUACCGCACGUUUACGCGGCAGACGGACGCCGUCGUUCAGUACCUCAGCGUCGCCCGCCUGCACGAGCACCACACGCGCGUCGAGGUCCCCAAGCUCAAGCACGCCCCGGUCAACCUGGGCCGCCAGCUCGAGGACUACCUCAAGGACCCCGACUUUGAGAUCCACCGGCGCCAGUACCUCGCCGAGCAGGACGCCAAGAAGAAGGGCUUCAAGACGAGCAAGCCCAAGCCCGCGACCGCCCAAGACUUUCCCGAGCCCUCGCCAGCCUCCAACAACCCGUUCCCGACGAGCGGCGGCGGCGGCGGCGGCGCGGCCAGGGCGGAGUCGAAGCCGCAGGCGAACAAGGGGCCCGACCCGGACCUCAUCGACUUUUUCGAUUCGAUAGAGCAGAACCAGACGCCGAUGCAGGUCAACCCGCAGCCGACACAGGCGCCGCAGCCGGCCAUGCAGUUUGGCAACGGCUUCGCGCAGCCCCCCCCGCAGGUGGCGCAGCAGACGGGCUUCGUCGACCCGUGGCAGCAGACCUUUGCGCAGCAGCAACUGCAGCCGCAGCAGCAGCCGCAGCCUCAGCAGCAGUUUCAACUGCAGCCCAACUUUACCGGCGCCGGCUUUGGCGGCUUCACUCCGCAGCCCCAGGGGUUCCAGCCCGGCGCCCUCGGGUCCAUCCCGCAGAACACGGUGGCGGACUUUCAGGGCUUCCAGCAACAGCAGCAGCAACAGCAGCCACAACAACUUCAGCAGCCGCAACAGCUUCAGCAACAGCAGAUGCCGAUGAUGAACCAGCCGACGGGCCUGCAGCCAAUGCAGACGGGGACGAACCCGUUCCGGCAGUCGAUGCUCGUCCAGCAGACCGGCAGCCCCUACAGCUCGCCCACCGGAACGCCAACGCUCAACCGCCAGUCCACCAACCCAUUUGCGCGGUCGUCGCCCCAGAACAGCAACUCGCCCUUCCAGCCGCAGCCGGCGCCCCUGCAGCCGGCGCCGACGGGCACGAACCCCUUUGCGCGGAACCUGCCGUCGCCAGACCAGCAGCAGCAGCAACAGCAGCAGCAGCUUGCGCCGCAGCCGACAGGCACCACCAACCCGUUCCGCCACGGCGCGUUUGUGAACCAUGCGACCGGCCUCGGGUGGCAGCACAACCAGGCGCCCAUCGGCGGCGGGCUCGACCACCUCCCGACGACGCCCGUGUUCCCGCGGCCGGCGCAGCAGACGCCGUGGCAGCAGUAG